GCUCAACAUCACCAACUGCAUCACUACAGAUACACGUAGCAACCAUGGCUGGCCACACCUCUCAUGACCUGCCUCCCACGUUCAAGGCCCUACAGGUCACCUCCGCCGACGCGCCGCUCACCGUGACGGACCUACCCACGCCGACCCCCACGGCCGGCACCGUCCUCAUGCGCCCGCUCUUCUCCCCCAUCAUUGCCUACGCCGACGAGAUCUUCGCCAACGGCAACCCGCGCGGCUACCCCUACCCGUCGCCCAUGGUGCCUGGUACCAACGCCGUGGGCCGCAUCGCGGCGACCGCACCGGACACGCCGCGCCUGAAGCCCGGAACGCUCGUCUACACGAGCGGCGUGCUGCGCGGCCGGGACAGCACCAGCGCCAACUCGACGCCCGUGCUGCACGGCCUCUUCAUGGGCUUCGCGCCCGAGGGCCAGGCGCUCAUGCAGGGCGAGUGGCGCGACGGCACGUGGGCUGAGCUCGUCAAGCUGCCUGCCGAGAACGUGCACGUCCUGAACGAGGACAUUUUGAUCAAGAAGCUUGGAUACCGGGUUGAGGACCUUUCGUACUUGAGUACCCUGGCGGUGCCGCAUGGCGGUCUCAGCGACGCGGGGCUGCGGACGGGCGAGACUGUGCUGAUCGCGCCAGCGACGGGGAGCUUCGGCAGCGCAGCGGUGCAGGUCGCGCUGGCCAUGGGCGCGGGCAAGGUGAUUGUCAUGGGCCGGAGCCAGGAGAAGCUCGACAAGGUCGUGGAGGGAGCCGGCGCGCGGGCCGUCGGCGUCGUCAUCACGGGCGACGUCGACGCCGAUGCCGCGGCGCUGACUGCCCACGGGCCCAUCGACAUCUACUUUGACAUUUCUCCACAGGUGGCGUCCGCGGGGCCAGAUACCUUUUCGCACAUCAAGUCGGGCAUCGCGGCGCUGCGGCCCGGCGGCAGGAUGAGCAUGAUGGGCGGCAUUCUCGGCGACGUGCAGGUGCCGUACUCGCUCAUCAUGGGCAAGGGGCUGACGCUGAGGGGCACGUUUAUGUACACGCGGGAACAGAUGGACUCGUUGAUCCGCCUGGUCGAGACGGGCAUGUUGUCCCUGGGGGAGAAGGCCGGGGUGCAGUCGACGGGCAAGUAUACGCUGGGGGAGUGGGAGGCGGCCUUUAAAGCGGCAGCACGGGAGGCAGGGCCGGGCAAGUCGACGUCUUUUGUGCCCAACACGGAGUGA